GCGCCGUGUGGCACGGUCGUACACUCUUGGAUGAUCGAAGUCGCGCGCACGAGCGACUUUUGGGUCGGUUCUCUCCGCCAGCGACGGUCUGCGGGGGGAAGAGGUUGCGCACUGCAGACGGAGCACACGCACACACACACACACACACACACACACACACAGAGAGAGGCCACGUAGACUGUUCAUUCCGUCCCUCUGUGUCCACGUGGACUGCUAAGCGUCGAGACGCUUUGCUCAGGUUUGAUCACAGCACCUCCCCUCCCCUCCUUGCCGCCAAUCAGCGCGGUGACGUUCCCCGCGCCUCCCCUCCUUGCCGCCCUCUCGUCCGCCUACUCGUGCCCGUUUCUCUCUCUCCUACACCUCAAUCCGCGCUGCUCAACAAGUUUGACCAGGCAGUAAGUAUACGUACUUCGGUCCUUUUCUUAUCACCACUCUCGCUCUCUCGCUCUCUCGAUCCUUAACAUCAUUUGCGGUCGCUCUCCGUGCCGGCAGUAAGUACCGUGCUGCUUCACUCAGUCUAUAAUCAUCAUCCAUCAUCGAGGCGCCGCGUCUAUUCGUCGCGUUUCAUAUAUAUAGAUAGGUAUACACUCGUAUGUACUCGGUUGGCGCAUUGAUGACUGCCGCCGUUGAUCCUCCCGCUCUUUUUAAGAAUCAAUUACUCGAGUGUUCUGCAUACGAUUACUCCCACGCUUCCACAUCAGCAACGCUUCCACAUCAGCAGCAGGAGUUUCCGUAUCAGAGCUGCAGCCAGCUGGCACGUCUUGUCGUGCUCCUGGUUCCACGACGCCAAUCAACUUAAUCGUGUUCGUCGCUAAUUAGUCACAAGCUAAUCAGUCAACGUCAGCAAUCAAUCAAUCAAAUCUAUCAACCCACUUGUCUAUUCCGUCCAUCAAUCAUUCUCUUGGUACUUUACCGUUAGAUCGUGAUCUGCUGUGGUCCCAUUUCCACCUCUCUUCCCUUCUACCUUGCUCUCUUUCCCCUAUUUUCCUCUACUCGUCUCUCUCGUGUCCGCGUCCUUCGCUGUGAUAAAGUUUAACCGAUCGA